AUGGUCACGUCGAUCGCCCGGACGGCGGUGCCGAUCUGGUCGCCGCAGCAGCUGCGUCGCGCGACGCCCCUGUUGGCUACCGGCACCGUCUCGGGCGCGCUCGACGCCUCGUUCUCGUCCGACUCGUUGCUCGAACUGUGGGACCCGUUCGCCGCGACAGGCUCCUCGUCCUUACCCCCGGUCGAAGGCUUGGACCUCGGCAACCCGAAUCAGAACCGAGCACAAGCACUACUGGACCAGACCGAGCAGACCGAGUUGUCGACGCCGUUGGCGAGCCUCGCCGUCGGUUCGCGCUUCAAUCGGCUCGCGUGGGGCCACAUCAAGCAGCCCGACAAAGCGCUCGGUGUGAUCGCCGCCGGCCUCGAGAAUGGCGAGAUUGGGCUCUGGGACCCGAGUAGGCUCAUCGACAAGACUCGUGGAGAGUGAGUUGAAGCUGGCACAGGCCGGUUCUGCGCUACGGUCGAGGGAACAGUGGCGAGAAGCCGGUACACACACACACACACGCCGGGCGCCAGGCGUUCUCAACGUGGCCGGGUGUGACGUGUGACGUGGUCCGCUCUACAGUCGGCCCCGGCUGGCCGCUCAUGUUUCUCCACCCGCGCCAUCGUACUUUGGGACUGACACCCGUGUUCCUGAUUCGCCAACAGCGCCUCGCUCGCCCGCUACGACCUGCACAAGGGGCCCGUACGGGGACUCGACUUUAACCAGCACCAGACCAACCUCCUCGCGUCCGGCGCGACCAACGGCGAGGUGAGUACACUGCACGGAGCACGUGGUCCAAGCUGACAAGCUGACCCCACCACACCUCACACCAUAACUAGAUCUUCAUUUGGGACCUGACCACACCCAGCAAGCCUUUCUCCCCCGGAGCACGGUCACGCUCACUCGACGACAUCACCGCCCUCGCGUGGAACUCGCACGUCGUGCAUGUCCUCGCCACCGGCUCCAACUCGGGCUACACCGUCGUGUGGGACCUCAAGUCCAAGCGCGAGGUGACGGCCCUGUCCUACUCGGGCGUCGCACCGACCGGCGUGGGAAGUGGUUUCGGCCAGCCCGGGUGGGGCGCACCCGGUGGAAGCAGGGGCGUCAGUGCCGUGCAAUGGCACCCGACCAACGUGAGUGCGGUGCGGAUCUAGCGAGCACGUUGGGACUCGGCAAUUGCGACGCUGACUCUUUGGACUUGCAACCCUUGGCUAUUGGCAGCCUACAAAACUCGCGACCGCGACCGACGACGACCACAACCCCAUCAUCAUGCUCUGGGACCUCAGAAACUGGAAGGAGCCAGAGAGGGUGAGGGCCCGACCCAAAGAGAGCAUUCACCCGAAACAUAGUAAUCUGACGUUUGCGCUCUUCCUUCUCCCUGACGCAGAUCCUGACGGGUCACGAAAAGGGUAUCCUUUCGCUCGAUUGGUGCUCCCAAGAUGCGGACCUGCUGCUCAGUUCAGGCAAGGAUGGUCGCACGAUCGCUUGGAACCCGUCGACGUCCGAGAUGGUCGCCGAGGUCACGCCCUCAAGCAACUGGUCCUUCGACACGCAGUGGUGCCCGCGCAACCCUUCCAUCAUCUCGACCGCCUCGCUCGACGGCAAGAUCACGCUGCAGUCGAUCCAGUCCACCGCUGCUCCCACCGCUGCCGCCGACGCUGCUGCCACCUCGAUGGGUGCCGGUGGGGACGGCACCAACAUGUUCGAGGCGGCCAUCUCCGCGAACGCGGCCAACUACCCGACCAAAUCGCUUGCGCACGCCCCCAAGUGGUUGCGAAGACCCGCAUCGGUCGCGUUCGGCUUUGGCGGCAAGCUCGUCAGCAUCUCCCACACCGCUGCGCCUGCCGGUGCGGCACCAGGCACACCUGCGACGCCCAGCGUUUCGAUUCGCAACGUCGUUGUGCAGCCCGAGGUCGUGGAACGCGCGGUUCGACUCGAUGAGGCCCAAUCCAAUGGCACACUCGCCCAAUUCUGCGAACAGCGAAGCGCCGAGAUUGAGCAAUCCGUCGACAUCGACCCCAAGUUGAAGGAGGGCGAGGUGUCGAGUUGGAAGCUCUUGGCGUCACUCUUUGGUGCCCAGUCCAAGGGCGGGCUGAUCGAUCUGCUCGGCUUCGAUCGCUCCGACCACAAGGCCAAGGUCGACGAGGCCGUCAAGGCGCUCAAGGAGAAACUUCCUGCGAGUACGCUGGCCAUCUCGACGCUAGGGUCGAACCCGGAAGGUGUGAACGGCGUUCAGGAAACCGCCGAUGGUGCGAUCCCGCUGGGAUCCGAGCUCGACGACUCGACGGCGACCAGCAACAGUCUUGCCAGUGAAGUGACCAAGCAGUCGAGCGAAACGACCGAGCCGAGUCUCUUUGGCGGUGCCGACGAUGGCGCGUCGUUGAACGCUGGUGCGUCGCAAGCCGCCGCCGAUUUCUACUCGCAGAUCGGCUCCGGUCGAGCCGGCUUGCCCGACCACCUUUUCAGCAACGGCAACCGCGAGAACUUUUCUUCCGCAGCAGCGACCGCCGGUUCAACGAGUUCGGUAGCAAGUCUCAACCUGCGUGCGACGACGUUCAAGAUCUACCGCGACGACGAAUCCGAGGUCGACCGACUCAUCACCAAAGCGCUCGUGCUUGGCGACUUUGCCUCGGCCGUCGCCUUGGCUUUGUCGAACGACCGCUUUGCCGAUGCCAUCCUGUUCGCCGUGCGAGGCGGGGACGAGUUGCUCGCGACGACACAAAGCAUUUACUUUGAGCGACAACAAGCCGCUGGUGCACCGUACUUGCGCGUGCUGCAGUCAAUCGUCGGCAACGACCUCGCCGACGUCGUGCAGAACGCACACUUGGCCCAGUGGAAAGAGAUAUUCGUCGUCUUGUGCACGUACGCGAACGCAAAUGAGUUCCCGAGCCUGUGCGAGCAGCUCGGUCAACGCCUCGAGUACCAGUAUGACACCGUCAAGGACUCGUCGCCGUCGACUGCCGCUACCGAGCUGCGCAAGAACGCCAUCUUGUGUUAUCUCGCCGCCGGCAAGCUCGAGAAGGUCGUCGGAAUUUGGGUGCAGCAGAUGGAGGAAGACGAGCAGGCGUCGCGAGCUCAGAAUGGUGCUCAUGGUGGAGCGCAACGGUACGAAGCCCACGCUAAGGCGUUGUCGGCUUUCGUCGAAAAGGUCUCGGUCUUCCAACAGGCCGUCGAUUACGUCGACACGGACUUGCACGUCCAAUCGGCCGAACCGGGCAGGAGGGUCUACAAGCUCGCAGAGCUGUACGAGCGUUACGUCGAAUACGCCGAAUUGCUCGCCGCGCAAGGUCUGUCGCACAUCGCGCUCAAAUACAUUGUGCAGGUUCCGCAUGAUUUCCAGGGUUCGACCGAUGCGAGUGGUCCGUCGUUGGCGCGCGAUCGGUUGCUUCGAGCGACGGGGAACCAAUCGGCCGGAGGUGUGUUUGGCUCGAACCAGCGCAUUGUUGCUGGGGCCACGCCUGUUGCAUCGACCUCUUACGGCGCCAGCAACAACGUCUACGGGACCUCAAACUACAGCAACUACGGACAGCCGGCCUAUGCGCAGCAGCAGUCGUCGGGCUACGCACCCGCUCAGUCGUCGUACGGGGCACCGCCUCUCCAGAACAACGCGUACGGCACCUCUCAGCGCUCGGCGUACGCACCCGCAGGCGGGAGCACCUCGUCCUACAACAACGCACUCGACGACCCUUACGGCCCGGGAGGUGGACAUCCAACCAACGCCUACGGGGCUGCGCCGCCAGUCUCGCAACCGUUCAACCCGUAUGGUCGGCCGCAACCCGCCGCGGCACCGAUGUCGGACCCGUACGCUCCUCAGCAGGGCAGUGGGUUCGUCCCUCCUACCCCCGCUCUGCGAGAGCAAUCGCCGAACUAUGCGGCGACCGCUGUGUCUUCGAUUGCGCCUCCACCUCGCUCCAAGCCCGACAUUGGAUGGAACGAUGCUCCUCAGGUGCAGCGUAAAGCUACGCCAGCGGCUGCGACUUCGGCUGCGCCGCCUCCCAAGGCUGCACCCAUCACUUCUCCGUUCCCCAACAUGUCGCCCGCACAAGGAGGAGCAGGUGGCCCACCUCCACCUGCGUUCGGUGGUGCCGCAGGAGGCGGAGGAUUCGCCGUUCCACCCCCAACCCCGAGCCGUGGAAGCAACCGCACACCUGCUCCGGUCCCUCCCCCACCGCAAGCAGGUCAACGAUUCGCUAACGCACCCCCUGUGCCUCAACCUUCGGCCGCUCCGUCGCCGUAUGCGCCUCCGCCACCCCAGGCGCUACAGCCGCAGCAACAGUCGAACCCGAGCCCUUCACCGUACGCUCCUCCGCCGGCCCCUCAGGGUCAACGAUUCGCUCCUCCGCCACCGCCCCAGGGUGGAGCAGGCGCUCGUCCCACCCCUCCUGCGGGAUUCCCUGCCCCUCCCGCCGGCUACCGAGGGCCUCCUGUCAACGACGGCGAUUUCCGACCUUCCUCGGCUGCUGGUCGAGGCCGACCCUUCCCGCCGGGUCAAGGACCGCGAGGCCCGACUCCGAACGCUCCUCAGAGCUUUGCGACGAAUGGGAACGGACCUGCGCCACCGAACCCCUAUGCGCCUCCCCCGAGUGGGCAAGCGCCUUCGGGACCUUACGCACCUCCCGCGGGUGCGCAGAACGGGCCUCCUCGACCUGGAGGCUUCCCCGGUCCGCCGCAAGGGUAUCAGCCGCAGGGUGGUCCGGCACCCCCACCUCCGUCACAAACUCCGACCCCUGCGCCCCCUCCUGGUCGCCCUGGACCCCCCAAGCCCAAAUACCGUGAGUUUGAACGCGAGGUAUCCAAUGCUGAUUAUCGAUUGAGAUACUGACAUGUGCGUGCUCCGCUCCACAGCCCCUGGUGACACCACGCACAUUCCGGCCGAGUCCAAGCCGAUCUACACCUGCCUCAACGCGCAGCUCACGGGGAUGCGCAACCUGCCCCCUGGUCCACCGCAGCAACGCAAGAUGGUCGAAGACACGGCCAAGCGUCUGUCGAUGCUGUUUGACGCGCUCAACUGCGAAACGCUCUCGGUCGCGACGCGGGACCGGCUGCUCGAGAUCUGCCGCGCGAUCGACGCGAAGAACAAGGCGCAGGCGCUCGACUUGCACUUGCAGAUGUUGACGAGUGGGGCCAACGACCUCGCGGCGUGGCAAGCGGCGGUCAAGUUGAUCAUUUCCCGGUUGCCGUGA